CGUUGUUUGACAUACGCAUCGUUGUAAGCUUCGCCCCUGGCAGUUUCUUUUUUAAAAGGCAAGCUCAAAGCCACAGAGUAGACAUUUGGCUUACAACCCGUGCUGGUAAAAUAACCUUCAGAGAGUGCAACAGCGGGAAUCAGGCUUUUUAGCUCUCAUUUGGAGACGAACUGCUUGCGCGUAAACGGCACCGUGCAUCACCAAAGGGAGAGAUCCGAGGUGUCGGGAUACUUUUCUUUCUUUUUUACAUUUUUUUUUAUUUGUGACUGCGGGGUUGAAGGACAGCGCCAGGGGAGCAGAGUGAGUGCCUUUGGGGAUUGCGAGCAUCGGUGACAUUUGGGACUUAAGCGAGCAAGGCACCUGUGGAUGCAACAACCCUCUGGUGUUCGGACUCAAAUCGUUUGCAAAGAAAGGAUUCACCGCAAGAUAUAAUUGCCAAUCGUUGCGGUUUCGAUCAAACAGCCUGCAGUUUAGACAAGAAGCGCGCCAUGCACUUGAGUGUUUCCGUCCUGGUGGUUCCCGUGCUGCUGAGCAUAACCGGCUGCGGCUCGUCGUACGUGCCGUGCCAGCCGUGCGAUCAAAAGGCCCUGUCCAUGUGUCCGCCGGUGCCGGUGGGUUGUCAGCUGGUGAAGGAGCCCGGCUGCGGCUGCUGCCUGACGUGCGCGCUCGAAGAGGGCCAGCCGUGCGGCGUGUACACCGGGCCGUGCACGCGCGGGCUUCGCUGCCUACCCAAGAACGGCGAGGAGAAGCCGCUGCACGCGCUCCUCCACGGACGGGGGUUGUGCAGGAACGAGAAGUUGUACAAACUGCUGCAUUCGUCCAAAGACGGAGAAUCUCAUGAUGGCGCCAUGUUACGCAUCCCAGAGUCAAUGCUGCCCCAAACCAAGGUGCCAAUAUAUGGAGGAGAACACAUCAGCAGUCUCAAGGCCCAGGCCAUGAAGCAGGCCAAGGACCGCAAGAAGCAGUUGGCCAGGCCGGGACCCGCGAGCAAUCUGAACUUUCCCCCGCUCAGGGUGGAUAAACUGGAGCCUGCGUUGGGCCCCUGCAGAAGAAAACUGGACAAUCUCAUUCAAAGCAUGAAGGACACUUCCAGGAUCUUUGCUCUCACUCUGUACAUCCCCAACUGUGACAAGAAGGGCUUCUUCAAACGCAAACAGUGUAAGCCAUCCCGUGGUCGGAGGAGGGGGAUCUGCUGGUGCGUGGACCGGUUUGGCGCAAAGAUCCCCGGCAGCAACUACGCCGGAGGAGACCUCCAGUGCCAAGAUCUGGACAGCAGCAGCAACAGCAACGAAUGAGAGUGCACCGGUUGUUCCCGUUGAGCCCUGUUCCUCU